UCGGCUCGGCUCGGCUCGGCUCGGCUCGGCUCGGCUCGGCUCGGCGCCGCCGCCAUGGUGGAGCGCACCGACGAGGCGCCGCUGCUCUUCUGGGCCGAGGGCCCCGCCGUGUCAGCGCCGCCACCCGCGGCCGAGGCGGGGGGCGGCGGCGGCGGCUGGAGCGCGGCUCCGUGGGGCGGCGCGGGGCCGCCGCGGGCGGAGGCGGAGGAGGACCAGAUUGUGGCCGUCUUCGUGGUCACCUUCGACCCCCGCACGGGCAACAUGGUGGAGUGGUGUUUACCCCAAGAUAUUGAUUUGGAAGGUGUGGAAUUCAAAUCCAUGGCAAGCGGGUCCCACAAAAUCCAGUCAGAUUUCAUUUAUUUCCGGAAAGGGCUCUGUUUUGGCCUGGCCUGCUUUGCCAACAUGCCUGUGGAGAGCGAGUUAGAGCGCGGUGCCCGCAUGAAGUCCGUGGGGAUUCUCUCCCCUUCCUACACCCUGCUGUAUAGGUACAUGCACUUCCUGGAGAACCAGGUCAGACACCAGCUGGAGAUGCCAGGGCACUACUCCCAUCUAGAGGCUUUCUAUGACGACAAGAAAGGAGUUCUCCCCGACAGCAAGAGCACCCCCACCUCUCAGCAACCUGUCCACUGGUUGCCUUCCAUCCACAGAUACAUGUACCCAGAGAUGAAGAUCACACACCCUGCUGGCUGCAUGUCUCAGUUCAUCAAAUUCUUUGGUGAGCAGAUCCUUGUCCUCUGGAAGUUUGCCCUGCUGCGCAAGCGCAUAUUGAUAUUUUCACCGCCCCCAGUUGGAGUUGUCUGCUAUAGAGUGUAUUGCUGCUGUUGCCUUGCCAAUGUUUCUCUGCCUGGUCUUGGAGGAACUGUCCCAGAGUCCAAACCAUUCUUCUAUGUGAAUGUGGCAGACAUAGAAAUGCUGGAGACAGAAGUAUCGUAUGUGGCCUGUACAACAGAAAAGAUCUUUGAGGAGAAACGGGAUCUCUAUGAUGUCUAUGUGGACAACCAGAAUGUGAAGACGCAUCAUGAGCAUCUGCAACCACUCCUGAAAAUUAACAAUGCUGACAAGGAGAAGUACAGACGGCUCAAUGACCAGAGGCAGAUGUUAAUGUAUUCUCAAGAAGUGGGCGAGGAUUGUAGCUCCUGUGAAGAGGACCUUUUCAUCUUGUUUUUCAUGGAGCAGAACAACCGCAUAUUUCAGACGCUGAUGGAGGUGUCGGCCAGCCAGGACAAGACGCUGACAGCUGACCACGCCCGAGGCAUGGGCCUGGAUCCCCAAGGGGAUCGAAGUUUCCUUAUGGACCUGCUGGAAGUGUAUGGCAUUGAUGUCAUGCUCGUCAUUGACAACCCCUGCUGCACUUAAAUCAAGAGCAAGAGCGAGGGGGGAGCAAAGAUCACUUUUUAAAGACUACCAGACAUUGCUUCGGAGGAUCACUGGAACUCACCACAGCCACUGGACAGAUCUCACUUUAUUUAAGUAACUUUAUAUGGAAAGUAUUUAUAAUUUUAAAACAAAAUGUGAUUUUUUUUUUUUUUUCUCCCUCUCUACUUCCCAAUGAGUACCUGCUCCAGGUUUUUUUUUUUGUUUGUUUUUGUCUCCCUUUCUCUUUCGUGUUUUUUUUGUUUUUGUUUAGAUAGGACCAGUGGCACCUUUGCACCAAUCCUCACUGUUGCCAGUGAUAGCUAGGUUUUGGCCUAGCCUGGAUACCUGAGGGCUGAAGACUUCAGGAAAGCACUUUGUCUCAUGGGGACCAAUGUGAAAUGCUGUCACUGAGCUCUCAAGGGUUGACUGGAAAAUCCUCCUAUCAUCCCCUCUUCCACUUGGGGACUGAAGAGGGCUUCAGCACAGGCUGGUGGGGGCCCAGUCUCAUAAAACAUCUAUCCUGCCACGUUUAGUGGUGGGGACAGCUAAACCAAUGAUAACAAACAGGACUCCUUUAAACACGCCUCACUCACCUUCUAGCAGCUGAGUUGGAAUAAAGCCACCCUUCCUCCUCAAUGGCAAAAGCAAGUUUGGGAUAAGGGGGUGCUACGGGAUCUUAUGACUUUGCUUACCAGAGUAGCAUGGUUUCACUUCUAGCACUUCAGGUGGUACAAACGGGCAGAGAUUAUACCUACCUAUCUGCUACCAUAGCUGGAGAAGAGCACCAUCUCUGCUUAAUCCCUCCUGCUGCUUCCUCUCAUUUUCAGUUGCAUCACACCUGCUGCUUUGGUUUAAAAUCUUCAAACCAGCAAGACGGUCUCCCAUUUAACAGGGACCACCAUCACUGAGCCACCUCGCAGUCACUAUGUUCUCCAGCCUCAGCUCAGAUGGUGCUGGGCUGGGCUGGGUUGAAUAAGUAUGUUUUAACUAACGGCACUAGCCUUUCCUUUCUAGCAGAUGGUACUUGUCACUCCUUUGCUUUAACACUGUCUGCUGAGCCUCCUUUUGUCGACCAGCCUUCAGCACUGCCCGCCGCUGUCGUUGGCUUUCAGUGUGAGACAGAGAGCAGUAUGUCACCUUGCAGCUGCAACGGCCUCACAGUUUGCAGGAAGCUCCCUGGGAGUUUGGUAUUCUUGACUGGCACAGCUGCUAGAAGCAAUGUCUACCAGCAAGCCUUUUUUUUUUCUUUUUUCCUAGGCAGAGAAGCUGCAGAACUAGAUGAACAGCGUUUCCUAUUUGUAUGCUGUAGAAAAAAAUCAGAUUCGGUUCAUGCAGGACCAGUGGUUACCUUCAGGAAGGCUAGCCCAGUAACUAGUAAUUCCUUCGCCGUGUGAAAUCCAAGAUGGUACUGUGGGUUCUGGGUGUGACAUACUGCUUUGUGCAAAAUCCUUCAGCCAGUAGUAGCAUCAGCUUUAGGCCAACUGUUCUUCCUGAACUGUGGCUAUGACUAAUUAGCUACUGCUUCUCCCAUAAUAGACUUCAGCACCCUUGGAGCCUUGCUGCAGUUUGUAAGAAAUGCAAACUCUAGCUGAUGUAAUCCAUUUAUCCUGCGUUUUACAGGACGAGACAAAGCCUGAACCACCACAGUCUCACCUGAUAAAUUCUUCUUAAAACAGGUGAAGCGAGUGUUCUCUGAGCAGACCCUCUGUGAAGGAAGGAAGCUGGCAGGUCCUGUUUUGCCUCGAAGGUUAUCUGCAGCAAAGGGGUAGUUUUGCUUGCUGUGGAUUCAGAGGCUUUAGUGAGGUGGGGACCAGGGGCCUCGCGAGGCUUACUGCACAGUUCGUUGGUAUGAGCUUCAGCAUAUUACGUUCCUGUGACCUGCCUGGCUCUCAGCAGUUGCUCCCUUGCCUGCUUUUUCAGGGCUUUGGAUGUUUUCGUACAGGAGAAAACAUGUUGCUGCUUGUAUUGCCAGUUGCCCACAACUGUAGCAUAAUCAUCCUUAGAAGGUUAGGGAAAAAAAAAUGGAGAAAGAGGAAAAAAUGCAGAGCUGAUUAUCAUUUAAGGGCAAGACCAGUCCCUUUUCCUUAAGAAAAGGCUUUGUUUUCAAACUGACACCUCUAGCAUGAAAGUGACCCCCAGUCUCCAUGCUUUUUUCUAACUUGACCUUUAGUUUUAACAUGCUGUUUGCAGUGAAGAUCCCUGAGGAAGUCUAGCUGGCACUGUAUUGCUGUCACUUACUUAACUUCCUGCAGAUAUUAAAAAAGGAACUGGAACCAGCCUCCAGCAAUUCUUCCUUUCACUUUCUUGGAGGUUUGCUACAUAGUUUAGCUGUGGUCAGCUGUUAGUAAGUUUCUCUUCUCUUUGAUGUCAGUAGUUCUUUUGCUGAACUAAAGAGAAGCAAACCUUUAAUUAGUCAAUGAAAUUUUACAGCCUCUGCACUCAGAGGCUUUUGAACCCCCUGCAUUAGAGCGCUAUGGUCACAAGCUGUCAGAACAUCAGGUCUGCUAGACAGCACUGCUAGAGCCCACCAAGCAGAACCUCUUGAAAUUACUAUUUGAUGUUUAUCAAACCUCUGCUUUCCGGAAACUAGGUCUUCAGUUGCUAGCAGUCCUGUGGGUGCAGAAGCAUCAAAGCAAGCAGAUUACUGUAAAAGUAGCAUCCACGCGCCACCCCAGCUGGAGGGCUACAGCCUAUUUUGCUCUUCCUUGUAAUUUUGCUUCUCCACAGCCUCCCUUGGCAGGUAACUGCUGUAAGUUAGGAAGCUGGCAGACAGAAAACAGAACAAAAGAGAUUUCUCUCUCUCUCCUAACCCUUCCUUGUUUGAUUUGCUGCAAAAGAACCUUCCACCCGCGCUCUCCUUUUCUAGCAGACAUUGCUUAUAUUGUCGCUGCGUGUGGAAAGUCCUUGAUAGAGGGGUACAUCAUGCAAACAACUGGCUACAGCUUGGGACACGAAGGCUCAUUCAGCAGGCUGGUUUUGUUUGGAACCAAUUUAACUGAAUCUUUCCAAGAGGUAACAUAAUUCAGGGUAAAACAGUUAAGCUCAGACAGUUAAAAUCCCCUCGACACUUAAUAGUAGCUGUUUUGAAUGUAGCAGCUGGAAGGGAGACAGUUACUUGGUACAGUUUGAAUUAAAAGAGGGAGGAAAGUGCGGCAUAAGGUAGGAUAUUGCUGAUUACUAUAAAAUACUCUUUUCCAUUUGAAGUACUUUACCUUUACAGUGGUGCCUUUAAUUUCUUCGGUGUGAUGCCUCUGGCCAGUUGCUGGUGAUCAGAGCCCAGGCUGAAUGGUGGUUACAGUAACCGUGAACGUCCUGUGCCCUGGCAGACAGAGUCUGGUUUGUUCCUUCUGACACCCAAGUCACGGUACAGCCAUUGCAGGUUCUUAGCUGGUACAUGCUUGAGUUUAAACAGGGGAGCAAGAGCUUCCUAAUUGCAUCUUAACUGGAGUUGCAGUAGAAACGUGUAAUCAAAUAAUGAAUUUUUACUAUCUGGAUUGGAGGGUAGAGCUUGGGAAAGAAAUAAAAACUAGGUUUUAAAUCUGAACAAAGGGAUACCACGCCAGAUAUUUAAAUCGUGCAAGUCUUCUCAGUGCAAGGCUAGGCCAAGGUGCAUGAAGCCAAGUACAACCAAGAACCGUAAGGGAUACUAGGAGAAAGGCAUUUUACUGAACUAGAUUUCAGAUUUGUCUUCAAGAUGUACUAACACCUUCUCUUCUAGCAUAUACGAAGCAGUUACUCCAAUGUAUGUUAGAGCUCAUGGUCAUGUCUGUCACAGGAGAUGAGCUUGCCUAUCCAGCAUCCUUAAAGGCAGAAGAAAGUUCCGUCACCUUUUCAAGAGAAAGCAGCUUACUGUACAGCUUAUUCUGUAAAGCAGGUGUUACUGUGAUACUUCUAUAAUUUUAAGAACUGCUGAAGUUAAUGGGCAAAAAGCGAGGAGCAGCAGUGGCCCUCUUGGUGACUGACGAUGCGAAGGACAGGCAUGCUUUGCUCUGGGAGGCAGAAGGGCAAGAGCACUCUGUCCUAGUGCAAAACUCAAGGUACAGAGCACACAUACCAACCCAAAUUCUCUCAUCACAGCUCGUACUUUUAAGUUAGUUGCUGUCUCCUCUCUGCCCCCCACCCCCCAAAGCUAGUGGUCGAGUGAUUAUGGGAGAAGACAACAUGUCUUUUGUGAGGGACUGGAAUGUACUGACUUAACAGAAUGAUAUGUCUGUCUACAACAGAGGGUACUAAAUGCCUGUGAGCCAGGAUUUCAGGUCCUGGUUAAUGCAACACGCCAUUCAAAUGGGAAUGUUUAAUUGUGGUUAAAAUAAACAGGUGCCUUGGGCUGGUCCAUCAGUAGGUUGUUAUCCUUCCUUUUCGUUUAUGUUACAGUUUUUUAAGCCCUUCUAGAAUGGACUGUUAAGUUGAAGCCAGGAUAAGCGUUUCUGUGAGCGGGACUGAGGAUUCUACUCCUGCCUCCUGUCUUGGAGUUCAUACAAAGAAAGUUGUUUGUCUUGCUGUCAGACAAACAUGAGACCCGAGUCCUUUCCUCAACACGGCAGAUAGCAGGUUCAGCCCCUGCUGAUGUUAUGUAAUGUUUUCCUCACACCUCCCCUCUGAACGUUGCAAUUCAGAGGUCUAGGACCACCCCACACUGAAAGACCUCUGAACUGCAGAGGAAGGGGAAAAUUACAUGAAUGGUAUUUAUCCAAGCUACUCAACUGAUGCCGAUACAAAUAUUUAAGUAUCGGCCUGUGUCUCACAGGACCCUUGGUACUUGAGCAUCAGAACAGCAUUAACAGUACCAAUUCUGAAGGAGGCUCUUGGUUACCCUGAAGCAAGGAAUCAAUUGCAAUGGGAGCUGUGCGUCUGAUACAAUGGAAGAGAAUUAGUCGUUUUCCCUGUGAAAUGGUACAGAUGAAUCAGAAGCUAAAUCUUAGCGUCUCGCCCCUUGCAGCAGGCUGGUUGUAGUUCUAACAGCUCUGAUGUUGUUUGCAUCUUGCAGAUGUGUGGUUGCUCCCAUAGGCCUGUGGCUGUGUAGAGAAACUGCUUACUAAAACAUGGGUAUUUUUUAAUACAAUUAAAGCUUACCUUUUUGAAAUGGCUGCUGCCUUGUCUUUCCUGCCACUUGAGAAAAAAGCCACUGCUGAUUUUAUGAGGGAAGCAUCAGCCUGAGGGAAAACUCAGUUGGUGGUAACUGCCCCCACUCUGAAUGAGCUAGUGGCUGCAGAGUCCCGGGUGUCUCUGUGGCAAGCAAAAAGUGCAGAGCACAGCCAACGUGUUCCUCGGAGAGUGACCCAGGGGUCCACUGGGCACUCUGAAUUGCUGCAGAACAGAAGAAAGCAAGCACAACACAGGCCCUAGCACCAGCGUAACUAUUAAAAAGAACUAGCAGGCUUCUACUCCCCUAGAUCUUAGUCAGGAAAGGGAUGAACGCUUGCCCCAGUAGCUUAGGUAAUUACUUUCUCCACAGUAUAGUCAAGGGAAGGACAGCAAUCAGUUUGGCAGAGUGCAGAAAACCAGCCCUACUUCCCCUUUCAAAGCAUUUUCCUGUAGCAAGUCUCCAGCAGAGGAUGCUGUUGCAGCAGCAUGCAGCCAGGAUGCAGUCUUUAAUAAAGCUGCUGGAAGUCAAUUCACUGAGUCCUUAUUUUGAUUACAGCAAAGAAUCAACAGUCGAACUUAGACUAGAUCACAGUAUAACACAGGGACUAUGUACAAACAGCAAUCGCAUCAGAAAAAUAAGGAUUUUUUUUUUUUUUUUUUUCCUUCCAGUAAGCAAGGCAGAAUCAUGUGAACUUGUAAGUUAUAAUAAGAAGGGCAACCGGUAACCUUGCCUAAGUCAAUUGUAUUUCCUCUCAGCAAUUAAAGCAAAGCUAUAAACAAAAGCUCAGAAAAGCAACAAAACUAAUUACAGUACUGAGGCUCAAGGGGAUGUAUGUUGUGGAAGGAGUGGUGAGCACUGUUUACAUUAGAGAAGAGCAACCAGACACAGUGAAUAAUAAAAGUUACUUGGAUGCCCUUGUUUGUGUUAUACUACCACGGGAAUAAAAGGAAUACUUACAAAAAAAAA